AUGUUUUUACUAAAAUUGUCUUUCUUUAAUCUUGUGAAACGAACAUUGGGUCAAUUCACACCAGCUCAGUGGGACAAAGACGAGUGGCAUCCACUGCUUGGUCCUUGGCGUUUCAUUCAAGUGCUUAGUCUUUGCAUUGUAUUUUUGACAGUAGAGCUCAACACAUUCUUUUUGAAAUUUUGUCUCUGGAUACCUCCUCGAAAUUCAGUUGUUAUAUAUAGGUUGAUUUUGUGGUGGUUACUUGCAAUUCCAACAAUUCGUGAGUACAAUUCAUACCUUCAAGACAGAAAGCCAGUGAAGAAGGUUGGAGCAUAUUGUUGGCUCUCUCUUGCCAUUUGCAUUGUAGAACUUCUGAUUUGCAUUAAGUUUGGACACGGCUUGUAUCCUAAACCAAUGCCCAUAUGGCUGGUAAUAUUCUGGUCGAGUGUUGGAGUGGCCAUUGUUACAUUUUUGCUUUUGUGGUCUUGGCAAAUCCAUCGCAGUCUAGGGAACAAGAAGAGGCGAUAAUUUUACAACUACUGCAGUUGCAGCAGUCGCAAUGCAUUAUUCUUUGAUUGAUUCCUUCCUCAUUUUUAUGGAUACCAAUCCAUAGCCAUACACACAUGGUGUAAAUACUAUCAUCAACCUCAUAAUUAAAUUGUAAAUGAAUAUUAAUUCUCCUAGCUUAGUGUAGUGGAUCACAGUUUCUUUGGGCGGCAAAUAUUAGUUCCAGCAGCUGGUAGAGAGGUGUACUUGUUAUUUAUGAGGCUUGCUUUUUGAAUAGGUUUCCACCAUUGGUAAAUUGGCCAAUUUCUUCCCUUCCAUCGGAAUUAGUCAUGCUGAAGCGUGUGUAUCCAGUCAUUUUAAUGAAAUUUUGAGUGAAGAAUGUUUUUGCUUCA